ACCGAUGCCCCUGUUGCAGAUGCGACGAGUUGCGACCAACGUGGGUAGUGUCGGCAUAUGUCAAUAGAACCGUCAUUGGGGCUACCUAUACAAUCAGAUCAGGCUGUAGGGAAUAGGCAGAUGUGUCAGAAAAUUGAACGUCUAGAUGGAUGAAACACGUUUUAUGCUAUAAUCAAAAUUGUGAAAAUCCGCGUAAAAUCAAAGUGAAUUUGAUCUCUUUUUUUUAUUCUAAGCGUAGUGCACAUUGAGUUCUAAACCUACAAUUUGUAACCUAAAUUUGUAUGAUCACCUAUAAGACCGCUACAGCUGAAUUUGUUAAAUCCUAAAAUAAUAAGUGAAAUCCUAAAGCAUAGUAAGUUCUACAUGCGACAUUUGAAAACACUAUUAACUUACUCACUAUAUAUUAUACAUAUAUUACAUGGAAUCUUAAGGUACGGGCGAUAACUAUCCGGUUAAAAAGGUUGCCAUCGGCUAGACUAGAUUGGUAGAAGAAAAACUUGUUGUAAGUUCUACAAAACAGUAAUAUUUAACCGACAAAUUAAAAUAAAAUCUAAUUUUAGCUUCAAGCUGUCAACAACAAGACUGCUCUGAGGACCGUUUGCAUUUCUAUCCGAACAAUCUUGAAGAACAACUCUCGGAUAACCUCGAAAUGCCGGAGGAUAACGAUGCACCGGGAAGUGGCGAUCUCACCUGUAUGCUCUGCGAGGAUCACGAAAGCGUGGACGAUAUGGUCCAAUGUGACAAUUGUGACCAGUGGGCCCACUAUACUUGCGCCGGUGUCACCGAAGCCGUAAAGGAGUCACAGUGGGUCUGUACAAAGUGCACGAAUACCUUGCAGGUGCCAAAAAACUCCAAAAAGGUUCCCUCGAAGAAGACCGGUAAGAAAACUAGUAAUAAGAGUGAUACUGGGUCUGAGUCGGGGAAAGUGGACGCUAUUGUCGCUAGUUUCGAGGAGUCGCUGGCGCAGCUGCAAUAUGAGAAAAGUGCUAAAGUGAAACAGCUGGACGAAGAAAAAGUUCUGCACGAGAAGCGUCUGCAGAUGGAACGGGAACUCCUGGAGAAGAAGCGGCUGCAGAAACGGCAAAUGCAGGAAGAGGAGCUGGCACAGGAACAAGAAGUCCUGGAACAACAGCUGCGCGAUGAACAGGAGUUUCUACAACGGCGCCAGGAACUUCGAAGUCGGUUCCAGAAACUUAAACUGGACCUUUCUCAACAGUACGAAGAACAUGAAGAGACUGAUGAUGAAGAAGAAGGUGCAGCAGGGGUUGAUAGAGCGAAGACCUGGUUGGACACGGUAAAGGAUGAUCCACGUGGAGCGUAUCCGAAGAAGUGUGGCGGACAUGAGCCGGUUCUCCAAGGCUCACACACGAAACCUUCAACCGGGAACAACUUGCGGAACGUCAACCGGGAGUUACCAAGACCCACGAUGCUAAACGAGCCGGGGAUCGAGCCAGCUACCAGUUCCGUUCAACGUUCAUUGCAAAAUCCACCAGCACCAACGAAUGUUUCCCGAGAAUGGGACGAGCUUCUGCAUCGAUCGGACUUGACUGCGGAGGAACAACUCGUCAUCCGGAAUAUUAGGAACCGCCGUAGGCCCGAAGAUCAACCUCAAGGUUACGCUGGAGGACGAGGACCUACGCCAGAACAGCUGGCGGCUAGACAAGCCGUGUCUAAGCAUCUACCAGCAUUUCGUGGGGAGCCGGAGGUGUGGCCGCUAUUUAUAAGUUGCUACGAGUAUACUACGGCCGCGUGUGGGUUUACGAACACGGACAAUUUGAAAAGGCUUCAAGACAGCCUUCAGGGACUGGCGAAGGAAGCCGUGCAAAGCCGUCUGCUGAUUCCGGAUUCUGUACCCGAAGUUAUUGAGGAUCUCCGGAAACUGUUCGGUAACCCGGAAAAGUUGCUGAAGUCUCUGGUUGCGAAGGUACGACAGGCCCAAGCUCCACGAAUGGAUCGGCUCGAGACGUUCCUGUACUUCGGAAUCACAGUCAAACAACUCUGCGAUCACCUCGAGGCAGCUGGGUUGUACGAUCAUCUGAGUAAUCCCAUGCUAGUACAAGAGCUUGUCAACAAGCUACCGCCCGAAUAUAAACUGGACUGGGUCCGGUUCAAGCGCGGAAAAGUCGGUACGCCGCUAAGGAACUUCACCGAUUUCAUCAACGAUAUUGUAUCGGAGGUCUCUGAGGUAGCAGACUUCACUGGAGCGGAGCAUGGGAUAAUCGGUCAGUCGCUGAAAUGUAAGCCGAAGAAGAAGGAGUUCGUUAACACCCACAACGCUCAACCAAACAGGCCAAGCGGGUCGCGUUCGGAAACACAUCCGAAACCAAGGAAGCCGUGCGUCGUCUGCAAGCGAAACGACCACAAGGUGCGAUAUUGCGAUGAUUUUGUCAAGCUCAAUAUUGGUGAACGGCUAGAAAUCGUUGAGAAAUUCAAACUUUGCCAAUUAUGUCUCAACGACCAUGGUAAAGCACCAUGCACGUUCAAAGGGCGCUGCAAUGCACCAAACUGCACAAAAAGCCAUCAUACUCUACUCCACCGAGCAGUAGAAAGCAUCCAACUCUCGGUAGUCGAGAGUAACGCACAUUUGCAGUCGUACAGGUCGGUAAUAUUCCGCAUCGUCCCUAUCACGCUACACUGCGGAGACCGAAUGGUGGAAACAUCAGCGUUCCUCGACGAAGGUGCCUCGACAACGCUGGUAGAAGAUUCGAUUGCCGACACGCUCAAAGCUGACGGUAUUCCAGAGCCGUUAGAAGUUGUCUGGACCGCGAAAAUGAAGCGAUACGAGCAAGGAUCACGGAGAAUUUGCCUUCAAAUAUCAGCAAGAGGAAGUUCGAAACGGUAUGCGUUGAACGAAGCACGUACGGUGAAGGAACUCGUUCUGCCCAAACAGGACAUCAUUCUCAAAGAGAUCAUCAACCGAUACCAUCAUCUAACAGGACUAGCGAUCUCGGAUUACGGCACGGAAAUUCCUCGCAUCCUGAUUGGCCUCGACAAUCUCCACCUGUUUGCUCCUCUGGAAUCAAAGGUGGGGAAUUCCGGAGAACCCAUUGCCGUACGUUCACUACUAGGGUGGUCCAUCUACGGUCCAAAUCAACAGCGGACCUCACCGAAGGCGUACGUGCAUCAUCACUCAGUAGAACCGGUGAGCAAUCAGUAUCUACACGAUUUGCUAAGGGCGCAGUACACCAUGGAAGAUCCGUACGAGCAAACUGAAGCGAUACCAGAAACAGAAGACGUCGUACGGGCAAGAGAUAUUCUUGAGAAAACGACUAGACGCGUGGGAGACCGUUUCGAAACGGGAUUGAUCUGGAAACACGAUGGCGUAACAUUUCCAGACAGUUACCCGAUGGCGUUGAAGCGGAUGAUGGCAUUAGAACGAAGGCUUUCUAAGGAAUCUCGGCUGAAAACUGAAGUUCACCAGCAAAUUGAAGCGUACGUGGAAAAAGGGUACGCUCACCAGGCGACUGAAACCGAGUUGGCAAGCGUAGACAGUUCCAAGGUUUGGUACCUACCGCUGAAUGUGGUCCUCAACCCCAAAAAGCCAAACAAAGUGCGCCUUGUAUGGGAUGCGGCGGCGACCGUCGGAGGCGUCUCUCUCAAUUCAAACCUGCUCAAGGGCCCAGAUCUCCUCACUUCCCUACUGUCGGUGAUCUGCAAAUUUCGCGAACGAGCAGUGGCCAUUGGUGGCGACAUACGCGAAAUGUACCACCAGCUGCGUAUUAGGGAUGCCGAUAAACAAGCUCAACGCUUCCUAUUUCGCUUCGAUUCCACGGAUCCUCCUGGGGUUUAUAUUAUGGACGUGGCUACCUUUGGGGCUACGUGCUCCCCCUGUUCCGCUCAAUUUGUAAAAAAUCGGAACGCUCUUGAACACUCGACACAGUUUCCCGAUGCUGCUUCAGCAAUUGUAGAUCGUACGUACGUGGAUGACUAUUUUGAUAGCCUAGACUCUGAGGAGGAAGCUCUACGGAGAGCCAAGGAAGUGAGGUUCAUCAACGCUAAAGCGGGGUUCGAAGUCAGAAACUGGUCUUCGAACUCGCCGCUGGUUCUAAGCGGUCUGGGCGAGGAAGGAUCAACCGAAUUGGUACACUUUCACCAGGACAAAGCUACCGAAAACGAGAGAGUGCUGGGCGUUAUCUGGAACCCGCAAUUGGACACUCUGUCUUUUGCUGUUCCAUCCGGAAUGGAGGUCUCACUGGACAACUCUAUCAAACCUACAAAAAGGGUCGUCCUUAGUUCAGUUAUGACUUUGUUCGACCCCUUGGGUCUUCUAGCUCCGUUCACUUCGCUGGGGAAGAUGCUGGUUCAAGAUCUUUGGAGGUCCGGAUACGACUGGGACCAGGAAAUUGACGACGACUCGUACAACAAGUGGAGAUCAUGGGUAAGCGCGUUACCAGAGAUAGCCAGCUUGAAAAUUCCACGUAGCUACUUCGGCGCGGUGCAGUCAACGGAUUUUGGACACGUACAGCUGCAUAUAUUCUGCGACGCAGGGGAAAACGCCUUCGGAUGUGCUGGAUAUCUACGGAUUGAAGUCGACGGGCUGGUCAAGUGUUCCUUGGUUAUGGCACGAUCCAAAGUAGCUCCUCUAAAACAACUCACGAUCCCCCGUCUCGAGUUGCAAGCGGCUGUACUAGCCUCAAGGAUGUCGCAGCAACUCAAACAACAUUUGUCACUCCAAGUACAUCAAACCUUUUUCUGGACUGAUUCUCGAACUGUCCUGUCUUGGAUAGCAUCGGAUCAAAAACGCUACAAACAAUUCGUCAGCUUCAGGAUCGGGGAAAUCAUAAGCCUGACAAAGCUGUCGGAAUGGAGAUGGAUAUCCUCGAAGAUGAACAUUGCUGACUGCCUUACGAAGUGGAGAAGCGAUUGUGGCCUGGUUCCAGAAUGGUUUCGUGGGCCGAAUUUUCUCUACCAACCCCAAGAAACUUGGCCGCGUCAACAACUUCCUCCUACGAACACUAAAACGGAAUUAAGGGCUGUACAUUUGUUCCACGACGUCACGUUCCCAGAUAAGCUGAUCGAUGCUACCAAGUUUUCAAAAUGGAACGUUCUCGUCAGGACGUUGGCGAGCGCGCUACGUUUUAUCUCGAAUUGUCAACGGAAAAAACGCGGGGAGUCCAUCGAAACACUCAAGCCGACGAAGAAUCAACAACGUUGCAUAAUCUCCGGUGUACAUUCGACGCGGGUGCCUCUGAAGCAAAAUGAGUAUCAACGAGCUGAAACUCUUCUUUUCCGAUCCGCGCAAUACGAGUACUUUGGAGAUGAAAUUACAACACUCCUGAAAAAUGAAGACCUCGAACCAUCGAAGUGGAUAACCCUAGAAAAGAGCAGCACACUCUAUAAGCUGACGCCUCUCAUAGAUAGCGAAAAGGUAUUGAGAAUGGAAGGGCGGUGCGAUAGGGCCGAAAAUCUACCAUUCGACAUGCGGUUCCCAGUCAUCCUUCCCCGAGAUGGACCAGUAACCGAACUUCUAGUGCGCCACUAUCAUGAAGCGUACGGUCAUGCCUUUAGGGAAACUGUCAAAAAUGAGAUAAAACAACGCUUUCUCAUUAUCAGUGUGAACACUGUGUUGGCGAAAGUCGAGCGAAGCUGCAACUGGUGCAAGAUACGCAAGAGCUUACCGAAGGUACCCAGAAUGGCGUCCAUUCCUGUACAACGUCUAACGCCCUACAAGCGACCCUUUACGUUUGUUGGGAUCGACUACCUAGGUCCGGUACAAGUCUCGGUAGGUCGACGUUCAGAAAAAAGGUGGAUAGUGUUAUUCACGUGUCUAGUAGUUAGGGCUAUCCACCUCGAAGUGGCCCACAACCUCACAGCGCAAUCGUGCACAAUGGCGAUCAGACGUUUCAUAUGUCGACGGGGCCCCGCAGCAGAGUAUUUUUCCGACAACGGUACCAAUCUAAAAGCUGCAAGCAAGGAAUUUGUGCAGCAAUGGCAAGAAAUCAGCGCAGAAUGUGCCGAGGAGUUUACUAGUGCUAGGACGAAAUGGCACUUUAACCCACCUGCCGCCCCUCAUAUGGGAGGCAUAUGGGAGCGAAUGGUCCGGACUGUGAAGAACGUCAUGGCGGUGCUCAACGACGGGCGUCGACUGAACGAUGAAAUCCUUCUCACCACAUUAGCUGAAACUGAGGAUAUGGUCAACAGUCGUCCACUUGUCUACGCAUCCCAAGGUGCUCUUCAGGAGACUCUUUCUCCUAACCAUUUUCUUCGAGGAACGGCUGCAAACGAACCCCACGAAGUACUACCCCCUACCGAUCCAGCUAGUGCACUUCGUGACACGUACCAGCGUUCUGUAGAGCUCUCCAAUAAUCUCUGGGAACGUUGGUUGAAAGAAUAUACUCCGAGUAUCAAUCGACGCAGUAAGUGGUUUGAUGAGUCAACGCCGUUACGAAAAGGUGAUCUUGUGUACAUCGUCGAUGGAAACCGGCGCAAAGCGUGGAUUAGAGGGAUCGUCGAAGAACCAAUUGCAGCAGGUGAUGGAAGGAUUCGCCAAGCGAUUGUUAGGACCAAUUACGGAUUGGUCAAACGGGCGACCGCUAACCUGGCGGUACUGGAGAUCGAGGGAAGUAACGCUGCUCCGUAUUGUGGUUCCGGAACAGGAUUACGAGCCGGGGAUGUGUUCGGAAUAUCGGGACAACCCUGUACCGCCGAGCAUACCGAUGCCCCUGUUGCAGAUGCGACGAGUUGCGACCAACGUGGGUAGUGUCGGCAUAUGUCAAUAGAACCGUCAUUGGGGCUACCUAUACAA